ACUUUUCCCUACUUUUUCUUGUGUUUUUCCCCCUUCUCUCCAGCUUGCUGCAAUCUGUCUGGUUGAAUUUGAAUAGUCUUUGGGAGGCAACGUCUCCGGUGUACGGGAUCACAAAGUCCCCACGCUUUGAAAACCAAAAAUAUGGCGGGAUUGAAAGGAUUAUGCUGCCUCGCACAUAUUACGAGCAAUAGGAAGACAAUGCGCCUUGGGUUUCUUUUAAAGCUGUGAGUCUUUUUUCUGCGUGAAUAUUUUUCGGUUCCCACAGAAGUUACUGGUAUGAAAUAAACAUGCCAUUUCUUCUGAGGGGUGUUGAGCCGCGGCGUGUGAGUAGGCUGUCGGCCAGGGAAGAAACCGGGAGACGCAAACUGCGAAAGCCAGUUUUAUUUUCGUCUUUGGACGAGGUUAGCUGUCAAACACUGACUAACAUAAUUCAUCAGCUUUCCGACCUUUCUCGACAUGCCAGCGACAUCUUCCUGGGCAUCGAGAUGGAGGCAGGGAUGGUGUUCAGAAGAUCUUGCAGGAUUCAGGUGCGGCUGCAAAUUCUUCAGGGUGAACUCGUCAAGUUUGACCCCAAGAAGAUCAAAAUCCCGGUGUCUAACUUGGAUGAGGAGAGCAAGUGGACGGUUCAUUACACAGCUCCGUGGCACCGGCAGGAGAACGUCUUCUUACCAGGCAACAGGCCGCCAUGUGUGGAAGACCUCCAUCGCCAGGCCAAAGUCAACCUCAAGACCGCUCUGCGAGAAUGUGACAAGUUGAGGAAAGAUGGUUUCCGGAGCUCCCAGUACUACUCUCAGGGUCCCAUCUUUUCUGACCCCAUCCGGUCCACCAUCAGCGUGCAGGAUGAUGAGGAUGAUGACAAUGACAAGAAGUCCACAGCUUCAUCAGUGGAGGAUGACAAAUCUCAGUUCUCAAUGAGGCCCCAGACCCCUCAGGGAAGGGGCGAAGAAGGGAAUGGGUCAGAGGUUGACGGACAGGUGGUAUGGAAAAAGGCUACGCCCCUCCCCACCCCAGAGGAGAAAAUGAGGCAGGCGGCUCAGGCCGUGCCCACAGACAUAGUUGCCAUCAACGUCACAGCAGCAAAAGGACGUGGCGGAUUGCUGCGGCCGCAUUCCAUGUACAUCCCAGGACAGUGCUCCACUUUGGGCCGAGUUGGGAGCAUCAACUCAGUGCACCGACGUUCAGAGACCAGAGACUCAAGCUGCCAGACAGAAGUUGUGAAGGUUGUACCCCCAUCCAUGAGAAGAAUUCGGGCGCAAAGAGGACAGGGCAUUGCUGCUCAGAUGGCUGGGAUUUCUACUUCCUCCUCAACAGGAUGUAUAUCCGUCUCCAGCAGUGACAGCUCCGGGAUCGUGAUACUACCACAUCAGUUUAAUGGAGACCCUUCCCGCUUCCACAGUCUGCCCCGACAGGGCGCCAGAGUGUCCCUCAGUGCUGAUCCCCUCUAUAGCAGCACCCCAGUCAAGUCCGAGGAAGAAACUACACCUAAGAGGCAGAUUGGAAAGCUUCAGGUUGAUGAUACGGUGGUGCACAUGAGACAUGCCCCAAGAAUAGGCACCCUGCCUAGGCCAAAGUCUCAGGAGGUGAGUGGGACACAGUCCAGUGAAUGGGGUGGAGGUCCGGCUUGUGUGGUCUCCCCUCAUGCUGCCUAUUCCACCUCACUCAUCCCUAAUGCCACAAUGUCUAGGUCCACUGAGGUCAUUGCCCUCAGUAAGUCCCCAACCUCAGCUUACCCGACAGUUCAUCCACUCAGUCCAGCUUCCUCCACCAACACCGACACCCUGAACUCCAGUCCCACAGCCUUCACCCACAGCUCCACCUGUCCAGCCUUGGCCAUUUCUACACUUACUUAUACAGCACAGGGUGGUGGUCUGGUCGUUCCACCGCCCGCUAGCGAGUCAGGGCACUCGGACAGCAGCACACUCAGCCACAGCACCUUGGCCCCCACACCUCCAUCCUGUCUGCCAGAGGAACAGUGGCUCUAUGACACGCCAGAAAACGUGGUGGUCCCGCAUCGCACUCUGACCUCCAGCUGCUCCACUCCUAUCAACCAGCUGUAUAGCAGCUUGGAUCAGUCCUCCAGGACCACUACUGAUUCCAGCUCUCUCUAUUCCCAGGACAACGAUGGAUACUACACCUCUAUGCACCUGGACUCAGGCCUACGCUCUCGCAGCCACAGCAGUGGGCAUGGAGCAGCGGCUGGACGGCCCACGAGACACAGCAUGUACGAGUGCCGUGAGAGAGCCAAGCAGGAAGACUCUGGAAGCUUAUACAGUGAUCACUCUCUAUCCCGUAGCAUCUCUCUUCGCAAGGCAAAGAAGCCUCCGCUGCCCCCAGCCCGUACAGACUCUCUUAGACGCAAGCCUGCUGCAAAAAAGCCACUUGGAGGCAACGGAGCUAUGCUUAAUGAGACUUUGAUUGCUAGCUUGCAACAGACUCUACAGAUAGGGCUGAGGGGAGGGAAAGGAAAGGGUGCCUCACCGUCUUCACCCUCUCACAGUCCCAGCAGCGACUACGAUGACCCUUGGUUGCUGCGGCCACGCAGUCAGAGUAGCAUCAGUGCAGGUAGUUCUGCAACAUCAGUAGGAGCUAACACCAGCUGUGGUGUGUCUAAUGUAUACUCGCUCUGCCAUGUGACACCUACUCACAGUGACACCAGCAGCUUGCGUUCAGACUAUGCUGACUCCUGGGGUUACUACAUGGACUACCCCCAUAACCAUGGGGAGCAGAGGGCACAGACUCCUCCAGCCCAUGCCAAAGAUAACAUGUCAGCUGUGCCUCACACAAGAGAACUACAGAAUGGGGGUGAAAUUCGCAACAACAGUAAAGCACCUGGGCCUGAAAGCCAGGGUCAAGGGUUGGCAGUGAAGCCCAAAAUGUCCACUUCCUCACCGGACAGGGUACACAGACUGACCUCCCCAUCUAGUGGCUACUCCAGUCAGUCUAACACCCCCACAGCUGGAACCCCGGUGCCGUCCAUUGUCAGGUCCAUGUCUCCCUCGGGCAGCCGGCCCAAGCCCAAAGUGCCCGAGAGGAAGUCAUCUCUUCUCUCCUCUGUAUCCAUGUCCUCCUCUUCCACCUCCCUUUCUUCCAACACCUCUGACUCACUGAAGAGCUCAGGUCCUGCUCCACCACCACCUCCACCCCUGCUCCUCUCCUCCUCCUCGUCAGUUCCCAACACUCCUCUUGGCCCAUCUCCCCCCUUUCCUCCCUCUCUACCACCAAGUUCCAGUGAAGGAACUUCUCCAGCAGCUCAGCUGUUACCAUCCAUUCCACAGGAUGCUUCUUUGAGUUCACUUCCUGCUUGCUCCACCUCCCCUGAAUUCCCUCCUCCUCCAUCUCCUGACAUGCUAAUACACCCCAAUUUGUCCUUAAAUGGGAGCUUCACUCCUCCCCUUUCACCUCCCCCUCCUGUGCCCCCCUUGUCACUCCCUCCUCCUCCUCCUCCACUGCCUGCUUUUUUUUCACCUUCCUCCACUUUUGUAAAGGCAGAGAAACGUGUUCCCAAACCAGCUACUACCAGCAGCCCUACAGUGCCACCUAAGCCACUGAUCACCCCGUUUGCGCUGCAGAGUGUUCAGCUCCACUCUGUUAAACAGCCAGAGAAAGAGAGUAACGGCAAAUCAGACCACACCAGGGCUCAGGAAUCAAAGGAAGACCUCUUUCAGGGUCUAAAGCCCCAAACCCUGGAGAGGUCUCACUCCCUGGAGCAUCCCACUGUGUUACCUGUGUUAAACAGCUCCAUGGACAAAGAUUCACGUAACUCCUCUCCAUCACCUGUGUCAAAGCUCUUAGAAGAGUUGUCAUUAGACUGCAGUAUCGCAGCUAAAACACCAGAUAGCACUGUAUCAUAUGGAAAAGCUGAAGAUCAGAGUUACUUUCUUUUAAAUGGAAAGGAAAGGGAUGGAGGGCAGGAAUCACUGCAAAGCUCUCCUGUCAAACUGAAGCCACCAGCAGUCUCCAAGAAACCCAAGUUGUCUUUUCUCCCACCAUUUAGCCCCCAACCGACCAAUGAAUGGGUCCCAUCUUUGUAUGGAGAUACAACCAACCUGUCUCAAACAGAAGACCAAGUAGAUGCUCUGCACAGACAAACAAAGGAAGAGGAGAAAGAGAAAAAAAGUGAGGAGGAGGAUAACACAGAGAGCCCUGAGUCAUUAGCAGAGAGCAGUGAAGCAUCCACAGAAACCCAGGACAAGUCCCGUAUCCCUGCUUCUGCUAGCCAGGACACGAGUCUUGACAAUGGAGUGAGUACCAAUGGAGAGGCUCAUGAAGAGGAAGAAGAGGAUGGAGAUGGAACAAGUAGCACAACUGGAUCCAUCAGCUCCAAGGAGGAUGAUGGAGGUGAGGUGUUCGACUCCAGUACGGCUGAUUCAUCUCCGGCCCCAUCCACCAACAUGGUGACCCCAUCUCCGACACGGCCCCAGACCACUGAGGACCUCUUUGCCGCUAUUCACAGGUCAAAACGCAAGGUCUUGGGUCGCAAGGAUUCUGAAGAGGACAAGUCCCGGCUUGGGAACCACCCACAGUCUCCACCCGCCACACCUACAGGCACGUCCCCAGGGAUGGUGUCCCCUCUGUCCCGGCAGACGGGUUCCAUUCAGCGCAACCUCCGCAAGUCUUCGACCAGCAGCGAUGCCUUCAAGGCACUUCUCCUUAAGAAGGGCAGCCGCUCUGAGACCAGUUUCAGAAUGUCUGCUGCUGAGAUGCUUCGCUCCACUGACCCACGCUUCCAGCGAACGUACUCCGAAUCAGUACUAGACUCCCCUGCUGCGUCGCCCUCCUCCCCAACAGCACCACCCAACCCCUGCGCCUCCCCAGGCCGCAGCAUACGGGCAACAGAUGAGUGGAAUCGCUAUGAGUCCUAUGCUCUGUCCUCGCCGACUUCACCUUUUUCAAUGAGCGGCUUCAAAUACGGGCGCUCCCGUACUCCGCCCUCUGCUGCCAGCAGCAAGUACAACGCACGCAGCCGAAUCCUUAGCAGCCCAAUGACAGUUAUCUGCGAGCGUGAGGGUGAGCUGGCUGAAAGCGAGUACGGAGAUGCUGCAGAAAGUCUGCCUGGACCAGUGUCCCAGACUCUUCCUGUGCUCACAGACUCGAAUGGCACUUUAUCUGAAGAGAGCAUAAGUUAAAGAGCAAGGAUGCCCCAUUACUGGGGGGCUGAACUGUCAUUACCAGGAAGGGGGCAGGAAGAGGGGCAGUAGGCAGCCCUGUAGAGACUCCUUCUUGAGCCCCACUCCCUCAGCGCUGCCCCUGAGGAAGUGGUGAGGUCCUGAUGUGAGGUCGGAGGUUGCCCCAUCAUGGGCUGGCCUGAACUUAGUCUGAAAUGGAGAACUGGUUCUGCUGCAGCUUAAGAUUUCCAUGAAUUUCAUUCUCUCCAUUUGGUGACACACCCUUUGUGUUAAAGGAUUAGUGUGUCUAUUACGCCUGGUGUUCUUUGUUUGUUUUUCCAUUUGUGUUGCUAUGUUUUACUUUAUCCUUCCUUAAUAGUGGAGCCCUGUAGUUUCUUUGAAGGAAAAGGUUAGAAGGCGAAUCAAAAGCAUUGAAAGUUAC